AGGAACAUAACCAUUUAAGCGAUUGUUUCUGUGCGGUGUGUUUUGAUGUAACACAGCAAGGAAUUCUGCUUUCUUCCUGGUUUGUGCAGUCUAAAUCACUCCCCACAGAAACCAUAAUGCUGACAUAUCUGGGAUGAGAGUUCUUUCACUUGCCCAAAAAGAUGAGUGGCUCCAAACCUGAUAUCCUGUGGUCUCCACACCACGUCGAUCGUUAUGUAAUCUGUGACUCGGAGCUCAGCCUUUAUCGCAUCGAAUCAGUCGGGAGUUCUGAAGCUAAGGCAGGGGCACUCCGUCUUUCAGAAGAAACUACUGCAACUUUAUUAGCUAUCAAUUCAGACACUCCCUAUAUGAAAUGUGUGGCGUGGUAUCCAAAGCAUGAACCUGAAUGCCUUCUUGCAGUCGGGCAGGCCAAUGGACGCAUUGUGCUAACAAGCCUCGGACAAAGCCCCAAUUCAAAAUGUAAGGAUUUGAUGGGGAAAGAGUUUGUUCCAAAACAUGCUCGGCAGUGCAACACUUUGGCUUGGAACCCAGUGGACAGUAACUGGUUGGCUGCUGGACUUGAUAAACACCGGGCUGAUUUCUCUGUCCUAAUCUGGGAUAUCAGUAGUAAGUUUACUCCAGAAGCCUCUGUUACAAUGGAAAAAAUACGACUUUCAGCUGGAGACACUGAUGCUGGUCUGGUGGUGACAAAGCCACUUUAUGAGCUAGGCCAAAAUGAUGCUUGCUUGUCCCUUUGCUGGCUCCCCAGAGACCAGAAGCUGCUACUGGCAGGCAUGCAUCGCAACCUAGCGAUUUUUGACCUGAGAAAUACAAGCCAGAAAAUGUUUGUGAACACCAAAGCUAUCCAGGGGGUAACAGUUGACCCUCACUUCCAUGAUCGAGUGGCUUCCUUUUUUGAAGGCCAGGUGGCUAUUUGGGACCUUCGGAAAUUCGAAAAGCCAGUUCUGACUUUAACUGAGCAACCAAAGCCUUUAACUAAAGUUGCAUGGUGUCCUACGCGGACAGGCUUGCUAGCCACUUUGACAAGAGACAGUAACAUAAUCCGUCUGUAUGAUAUGCAGCACACUCCCACUCCCAUAGGGGACGAAACAGAACCCACCAUCAUAGAGCGGAGUGUGCAACCCUGUGAAAACCACAUUGCUUCAUUUGCGUGGCAUCCGUCAAGCCAAAAUCGAAUGGUAGUGGUGACGCCAAACCGUUCCAUGACUGACUUUACUGUCUUUGAGCGCAUUUCUCUGGCUUGGAGCUCCACCGGUUCCAUAAUGUGGGCUUGCGGCAGACAUCUGUAUGAAUGCACUGAGGAGGGUGAUGCAAGUUCUGUGGAAAGGGACAUUGCCACCAAAAUGAGACAGCGGGCCCAGUCCAGAUAUGGGCAUGAUACUGAGCAGGUCUGGAGAAACUACCUUUUAGCUGGGGGCGAUGAGCCUCAGCUCAAGUCUCUAUGGUACACUCUGUAUUUUAUGAAACAAUACACUGAAGAUUUGGAACAGAAACCUGUGGUAAACAAACUGCCACUUGUUUAUUCUGGCAUUAAAAACAUUGUAAAAUCAAGUUCAGGGACGGUUGAGAGCCGGCGAUGCUGGAAUGGGUCGGACAGGCAGGCUGAUGUGAUUCGCUACCACAGUGAUGAGAGGUGCCUGGCCUUGCAGUUGUGUGGCUGGAUUAAAAGGGGGCUGGAGAUAGAUGUUGAGCCCUUCCUGCAGUCCCUUGAAGUGGAACGGGAGUGGGAGCGUGCAGCUGCUGUAGCCCUUUUCAACUUGGACAUCCGAAGGGCAAUUCAGAUUCUGAACAAGGGGGCUUCAGCAGAGAAAGGAGAUCUGAAUCUCAAUGUUGUAGCCAUGGCCUUGUCUGGGUACACAGAUGAGAAAAAUUCACUCUGGAGAGAAAUGUGCAGUUCCCUAAGGCUACAAUUAAAUAACCCUCAUCUCUGUGUCAUGUUUGCUUUUCUAACGAGUGAACCAGGAUCAUAUGACGGCGUGCUGUAUGAGAGCAGAUUGGCUGUCCAGGACCGUGUGGCCUUUGCAUGUAUGUUUCUUAGUGACUCCCAGCUACCUCGCUACAUUGAGAAGCUUGCCAGUAAGAUGAAAGAAGCUGGAAACCUUGAAGGAAUCCUUUUGACGGGUCUGACAAAGGAUGGAGUGGAUUUGAUGGAGAGUUAUGUUGACAGAACUGGUGAUGUUCAGACAGCUAGUUUCUGUAUGCUAAAAGGUUCUCCAGGGGAGGUGGUGAAGGACUCCAGGGUCCAGUGCUGGAUUGAGAACUAUCGCAACUUGUUAGAUGCCUGGAGAUUCUGGCACAAAAGAGCAGAGUUUGAUAUACACAGGAGUAAACUGGACCCGAGUUCAAAGCCUUUAGCACAAGUAUUUGUGAGCUGUAAUUUCUGUGGAAAAUCAAUCUCCUAUAGCUGCUCGGCCAUGCCCCAUCAAGGCAGAGGCUUUAGCCAAUAUGGAGUUAGUGGCUCUCCUACAAAAUCUAAGGUCACUAGCUGCCCAGGCUGUCGUAAACCACUUCCACGCUGUGCUCUCUGUCUGAUGAAUAUGGGAACACCUGUAUCAAGUUGUCCAGGAACAGGGAAGUCUGAUGAAAAGGUAGAUCUGAGUAAAGAUAAGAAACUCGCCCAGUUCAAUAACUGGUUCACCUGGUGCCACAACUGUCGACACGGAGGCCACACUGGGCACAUGCUGAGCUGGUUCAGAGAUCAUACAGAGUGCCCUGUCUCUGCCUGUACCUGUAAGUGCAUGCAGCUGGAUACUACAGGCAACUUGGUCCCCUCAGAUAGUGUCUAGAACAGGGUGUGAGGGAAACACACAACUUCCUCAAACAUAUCUUUUUGACAAAAAGCACUGAGGAUUUAGGAGUAAUUGGGGGGGGGGGGGGAUAAAUUGUUGCAGCAGUUCAGCAAUUUGAUGUGUGAAAGGUUUUGAUGGGCUUGACAUUGGCAGUGGCUGCUGAAAUGAACCUGCAAGUGUGUCAUCUGUUCCUUGUUCAACAUAUCGGAGCCAUUCAUUUUGAAAGGUCUUCUCUGGGACUUAGUUAAAAUUCUGAGCACCCUCAAGGAAAAUUUAUAAAGCUGACACUGAACAGUCCUUGAACCUACCAUCAGAGACGAAUCAAUAAUAUAUACUGCCUUUAUCUGAAGAUUGGGGUUGAAGCAGUGACGUGUCUUUGAACACCAAUGAACAGCUUCAUUAUACAGGAUGUUGGAUCCACCAUUUGACAGGCUGUGAUAAGAAGAAAUUCCCAAGAAUCUGCUUUUUAAGUUAAAUAAAAUAUAGUAGCAGUUUCAGAGAUGUGAAAAGAAAUGUUGUACAUGGCAAGUGUGUGAUGUAAAGCUUGAUUUAUAUUUCCCCUUGAUGGUAUUUCUUUGGUGGGACAGGUUACAACUAUAGUAAUAAAAUUCUGAUUUUGCAGUG